AUGUCUCCCCCAAAAGAAGUUGAUGUUAUCGUUGUUGGAGGUGGAGCUGCUGGUUGUAUUGUCGCUGGAAGACUCGCUCAAGCCGAUCCCAACCUUGAAAUCCUCAUUGUUGAGGGUGGAAAGAACAAUCUCAAUGACCCUCAGGUCAGGCAACCCGCUAUGUUUCUCUCCCAUCUUGCGCCCACAUCCACUACAGCAAAGUUCUAUGCGGGACGCCAUUCUGAGCUCCUCGGUGGCCGCUCACCAAUUGUUCCCACUGGAAACAUGUUGGGUGGUGGUUCCUCCAUCAACUUCAUGAUGUACACCAGAGCUAGCAAAUCCGACUAUGAUGACUGGAAGACUGAAGGUUGGUCAGCGGAUGAUUUGAUUCCUCUCCUUAAGAAGAUGGAGUCCUACAACCUCGAGAACCCUGACCCAAAGAUCCACGGUUUCGACGGGCCCCUCGCCGUUUGCCAUGGAGCUUCUCCCGCCCCUAACACCGAGGAAUUCCUACAAGCCGCUCAAGACAUGGGCUACAAAGUUGUCGAUGAUAUCCAGGAUCUCGAGAGUGCUCACGCUUUCGAGCGUUGGGGAAAAUGGAUUAACCCUAAGACCGGUCUCCGAAGUGACACUGCGCACAACUAUGUCCACCCUGUAAUGGAAAAGAACAGUAACCUUCACCUUUUGUGUGAUUCAAAGGUUUCUAAAGUUGUUAUUGAGAACGGAAAGGCCACCGGUGUUGAAUAUGUACCAUUUUCACCCCCGGCAGAGGGCGCUCCCAAGCCAGUCCCCCAAUCUGUUACAGCAAGGAAGCUUGUCGUUGUGUCAGCCGGUUCCCUUGGGUCCCCCACCGUCUUAGAACGGUCUGGUGUUGGUGCUCGUGAGAUACUUGAGAAGGCCGGUGUCGAGUGCAAGGUUGACCUUCCCGGAGUUGGAGAAAACUACCAGGACCACAACCUCAUUCUCCCCGCCUACAGGGUUGCUCCUGAAACAAAGACUCACGAUGACUUCUUGCGCGGAAUCCCAGAGGUCCACGCUCAGGGACUGAAAGAUUUGGAAGAGGCUAAGGGUAUUUACACAACAAACUUCAUCGAUGCUGGUGGCAAGCUCCGUCCCUCCGAGGAGGAGAUUGAAGCUAUGGGACCAGAAUUCAGGAAGUUCUGGAAUGAGUACUUCAAGGAUGCACCGGACAAGCCAGUUAUGUUCGCUGGGCUUGUAAAUGCCUUCCUUGGCGACCACUCCCUGCUCCCAGGCGGUAAAUACGUUACCAUUGGUACUUACCUGGAGUACCCCGCGAGUCGCGGUUCUAUCCACAUCACCAGCGCUGAUCCGUACGUUGAGGCCGACUUUGACCCAGCAUACUUGUCCCACCCCGCCGAUCUUGGCCCUAACAUCUGGGGUUACAAGCUUGGUCGUGAGCUCGUUCGUCGCAUGCCCUGCUAUCGUGGAGAGGUUGUCGCACUACACCCCAAGUUCUCUGCUACAUCCCCUGCACGUGCUGUCGAGAUCGAUAUCGAUACUUCUAGGGAGCUUCAGGGAGAUAAGGGCGUCACUGCUGGUGUGGUUGUCUCUGGAAACGUUGCAGCACAGAACGAGGUCACCAGCGAGCCUCUUGACAAGAAGAAGCCAAUUGAAAACCUUGUCUACUCUGAGGAGGACGAUAAGGCGGUUGAGCAGUGGAUGAGGGAAAACAUUGGAACAACAUGGCACUCUCUUGGUACCAAUGCCAUGAAGCCCCGUGAGGAGGGUGGUGUGGUUGACGCCAAAUUGAACGUUCACGGGGUCGAGAACUUGAAGGUUAUCGAUUUGUCCAUCGCUCCUGGAAAUGUUGGAAGCAACACCUACUCAACCGCUCUGGUCAUCGGAGAGAAGGGUGCUAUCCUUGCUGGCGAGCACCUCGGUAUCACCAUCGGUCUUACCAACUAA